AUGUAAUAGACAUUAAAAAUUUUAGUUUAAUAAAACAUGAUAUAAUAUCGGAUUGUAAGAAACUUUUUGUUUCAAAUUCAUUUUAAACUAUAUUUUACAUCGAUAGCUCUAACAAGCUUUAUAUUUUUGAUUAGGCGCUUAUAUAAUUCAAGUAGAUAGUAAUUUAAGGAUAUUAAAACUAUUAAAGUAUUUAGCAUAUAAAUAGUAAUAUAGUUACUAUUUUAUUAUCUCAAGAAACUGUUAGUUUUGUUUUUUACGAUAUAGAGAAAUAGUCUCUCAUUUCUAUUCCAAAUUAUGAAUAAAAAUAAACAUUUUUAAUACAAAAAUAAAGUUUAAUUAAUUCAAUUUUAAAUAAAUUAGGAUACGAUUUAUCAAGUCUUAUUCACUAAUUUUCAGGUAAUAUAGUAAACUUAAAAUACAAUGAUUAUUUUUUCAUUUUAGAAUUAUCCUGUUUAGGAAAUUUAAACUUACUAAAUCCAAAGCGCUGUAUCUUUUAAUUUAGAAUAAAUUUUCUAUUUGAAUGGUUACUCAGAUCCGUUUGUAUUAAUAAAUCUAUCAGAUUACUUCUCGUAUCUUUAUAAAUUAAGUAGUUCUCUACCAAUCAUUUUUGACCCUUCUGAUCUAAAUAUGGUUAAAGUAUUUGCUAAAUUUAUUAAGCCAUGCAUUAAUGUAAGCACAUAAGUAGAUUCUUAUCAUCUCUAUUUUAUUUGUCCAUUAAAUACAUAAAUAUAUGAUAUAACAUCGAUGUAAUACAUUAAUAAUAUAAAGUAUUUAGCAUCUGAAAAGAGUUAUAUGAAAAGUAUUUAAUAUGUUGACAAAAAUAUCUUUUUAGUAUUAGCAAAUAAUAAAAUUGAUCGUUUAUGGUAAAAAAAUAUCAUAUUAAUAAACAGAAAUUGA